AUAAGACGCGUUUUAUGGUCUGAACUGGAGCUGUGCGGCUGAGGAGUUCCUGCAUGGUGGCCAGAACAGAACGACUCUGACUUGAUUUUUCAUCUGCAGCAGCUAUGAGGGCUUAUUUUAGGGUAGGAGUGAUUGGAGCUUUUUUAUUCUUCGUGUAUCUAAUUAUCUUCAUGACUGGGUGGUGGAGAGAAGAAAAACCGCGUCAGAAACACGUCACAAACCAGGAAACCAUGAACCGAAAACUGGACAGGAUUCAAGAGAGCCUAAACAAGCUGGCAAAUCUACUAGAGAAACCUGAAAAGAAAAGCUCACCAGAAGAACUUUCUCCAAAUGAAAACCAAAAAGAGCCCAAAAAGGCGGCGCAGAAGUUGUACCCAAACUCUGAGCUGUUUGUGAAGUGGGGCGACGGCCUGUCAGAGGAGCAGCAGAAGGAGGCCGAAGCUCUUUUUCAGAUUUAUGGCUACAACGCUUUCCUCAGCAACCAGAUCGCCCUCAACCGGGAACUUCCUGACAUGAGAGAUCCCAGAUGUCUGAAGAAGAAAUACCCCAGCGCCCUGCCCAGCGUCAGCGUGGUGCUGAUCUACGUUAACGAGGCGCUCUCUGUGAUUAAGAGGGCGGUGCGAAGCGUCAUCACCAACACGCCUCAACGGCUGCUGAGGGAAAUCAUCCUGGUGGACGACCACAGCACCUACAACGAUCUUGGGAAACCGGUGGAAGAUUACAUAGUCGAGAUUCACAAAGAAAGGCCUGGUCUCGUUAAAAGAGUCUGGCACACAAGUCCGAUGGGUUUGUCCCAGGCCCGGAUCAGCGGCUGGGAGCAUGCCACUGGAGACGUGGUGGCCAUUUUAGAUGCUCACAUUGAAGCUACAAGAGGAUGGGCAGAACCUCUGCUGGCCCAGAUCAAAGCUGACAGAACCAUUGUGGUGUCUCCUGUGUUUGAAAAGCUCCACUUUGAUGAUCUGCAUGUGCAAAGACACAUGUCGUUUGCUCAGGGCUUUGACUGGGCCCUGUGGUGCAUGUACGAGUUCUUCAAACCAAACUGGAACGAUGUGGAUGAAUCACAGCCUCAGAAGAGUCCGUCUCUUAUGGGAAUCUUUGCAGCAGACCGAGGUUUUCUCGGAGAAAUUGGAGGACUUGAUGGAGGCAUGACAGUUUAUGGAGGGGAAAACGUGGAGCUCGGGAUCCGCGCGUGGCUGUGUGGAGGAAGCGUGGAGGUCGUGCCUUGCUCCAGGGUCGCUCACAUCGAGAGAGCUCACAAACCGUACGCACCGGAUCUGAACCCGUCCAUGAGGAGGAACGCGCUGAGGCUCGCAGAGAUUUGGUUGGACGAAUACAAGAAAAACGUUUUUAUUGCCUGGAACGUCCCUCUGAAGGACCACGGUAUCGAUAUCGGCGACGUGUCCAAGAGGAAAAACCUGAGAGAGAAGCUGAAAUGUAAACCUUUCAGUUGGUACCUGGAGAACGUUUACCUGAGCCUGGAGCGAUGGGAUGACAUCCUGGGCUACGGUGUGCUGCAGAACAGCCUGGUAAAGCAGCAGUGUGUGGAUCAGGGAGACGUUCCUGGCAGCAUCCCGGUCUUAUACGACUGCCACCUCGAGGAACCGCAGAAAUGUUUCUACAACACAGAGGGUGAAAUCAUCAUCGGUGGCCUGAGGUCCCAUAAGUACAGCCGGAACCGCUGCCUGGUGGAUCCGGGCUCCGGAAGCAUUCCCACUCUGCAUGAGUGCAACACAGCAAGGCUGAACCAGUUACACAUGAACUGGGACUUCAGGCAGGGUCGAGAAAUAAGGAACAAAGCUACGCGGCGAUGUCUGGAGAUCGCUCCAGGAGAAUACCUGGACUACCAGCUGGUCAUCCAGCGCUGCAGCGGCCAGAACUGGACCAUCCAGAACCUCGUCACCACCGCCUAGCGCCACUCAGCCACAGCUGGGGCUCACGUCAUAAAAACGUUUAUGAUGCAGCAGGAAACGGACAGACGGUUCAGGACGUCACCUGCUCUAGAUUUACUGCAUCAUCUACCUUCACCUGUAGCCAGAACCUAAAUAAAGAGGCGAGUUGGACAUCUGAUCAUCUGAUCAGGAUGUCUGCUGGGGACACCAGAAUGUCCCGGGAGACGGUGUGUCCUCUGGACGGACGGUGUCUCUGGUGCUAUAGUUUUAUAUUUGUGGUUGUAACUGAGAAGUUAAAGUUGUAGAGAAAAAUCCUGGAGGAGUUUUGUAACAGCUGUUCCACUUCUUCUUCUUCAAAUUCUUCAGUAAGACACAAAUUGUUUUCUUUGAGUCACUCACAGUUUUUCCCCAAAUGGUGCAAAACAAAUUCUCACAUGUCAGAAAAAAAUAACUUGCAAAUAUUUGUUAUU